GAUGCGGCGCCUAGAGCGGCCGCUCCACUCUCUCUACCCUUAAUCCGGCCCUGCCCUCAAUAUGCUUACUUAAGUACUAUGCUAUAGUAUGUUGGUUUCAAUUUUGUUGCCAAUUCCCACUGGCCAACACUUGUUAUGAAAAUCAGUAUCACAGAUAUUUGCUUCUGAGUCAUAGAUGUUUUCUGUGUAUAUGAAUACUUAUUUAUCUCAAAGAUGAUUUCGGUUAAUUUCAACACCUCACUUAGCUACAAAAAUUGGAAGUGAAUAAAUAAAAAUAACAAAAUAAUGUUUAUCACAAAUUUCUAGUUUAUUUAGUCAACACGGCAUGUCCUUGUAUGUUUCUGUCCUUGGUAAAGCGGUCAUUGGAGGCAGGGAACUGUUACAGCUACUAAAUUUAAAAACGUUUUUUCCUUUGGUGAUUUGAAGUAAAUACGUCAUUCGUUUGACUUUGACAGAUGACGUUUUCUUGAACGAAAACCAUAGACUAAAAAAUAUUUUUUUUCUACUUGGACUGGAGAAUCAGCGAACUACGCUAGUUUGUCAGAUGGCUAGCUAAUAAUCAACGAAAACGCUUUGGCGCAAAUUGCAAUCGAAACAUAUUAUUAUAUAUAGGUAUAAUACCGGUGUACAUAUAUGUUUUAGUGUAUGGUUUUCGUUCAAGAAAACGUCAGCUGUCACCUGUUAAAUGUUAAAUGACUUAAAGUUUUGAAAGUGUUAUUCGUUACGUUGUUUAGUGCAGUAAAUUUUUAAAUAAUGGAGCGUUUGCGAUCAAGCGUCGAACAAAAUAUUCUCCUUACAUGGGGACAUCGCCAGACCGCAAGCGUCCAAAGCCCAAUCCAAAGCGACCGUUUGUGGCAGCAGCCAACAAAUAUGCUCAAUUCCACUGGCGGUGGUGUUCAGAGACCCGUCGAAAAAUGGAAGAAAGUAUGGGCAGAUAUGAAAACGAAAACGAAGAGCAAAGCUUUAAAAAUAAAAAAGCAUUUGAGUGAUACAGGGGGUGGCCCUCACGGCAGGCUCAGGCUUUCGGAGCUGGAAGAAUGGGUGCUUACUGUAAUGGGUGUGGCCUGUGUCACUGGGCAUGCACAUAUUGCUGAAAGGGGCCUAAGUCAGACUCACUCAAUGCAAGGAACUGUUGACAGUGAAGCAAGAAAUACAACAAGGCUGCAAGUCCUGACUUUAAUGAUGAUGCACAACUAUUUGGAGAAUCAGAGGAACCCGAGCCGCAGCCUGGGUCGUCUUCGGCUUCAAAUUGUUAGAUUUCCAGUGCGACUAGACCCCUACCUCACCCUGACACAUGGCGUGCAGUACCGCGAGCUUUAA